CUGCGUCGCCUCAGGGAGCCACUCUUGUUCCUCCGAGGAGGCCUCCUCCACACCCUGCUUCUUCCAGGAAGCCUCCCUGAUUUCCCCAGCCUGCCUGACCUCUGCCUCCCUGCUGUAGCUCCCUCGGACCCGUGAGACGUGAGAUUUGGUCCCGGGAGCGUGCCCCGCUGCCGACAGCGAUCUCCUGGCCGUCUGGCCUCCGCCGGCCUCGCUGUGGCUCCGCGGCCCGCGGUGCUCCCUGCCCUCCACCUUCUGUACUUUGACCUGCGGGAAGUUGCUGCCCUGGUGUCUGUGGAGUGACCUCGGGCCUCCCUCUUGUCUGCCCCCUCUGCACCUCCCACCUGCCGGUGUCCUCAAGUUCAGGCUUCAGUUUGUUCCCCAGAGCAGAAUUUGGAUUUUCCUCAGGAACUAAGCUGUGGAAUCCGGGCCUCAGCGGCCUCUGCUCAUUCUGCAGGGGGGACUGUGGUCUGGGGCAUGCAAACAAGGGCAGCGAGACACCGGGACCAAAGGCUGAGACGCCCUGGAGAAAGGACAGCGGAGAGACAGGAGAGAUGAGCUGAUUAAAAUGGGCAAGAGCAGGAUGUGAGCAGAAUCAUCCAAGCCCUAAAUGAAUGCCUUGCUGCCCUUCCUCGGCAGCUGCUCCAGGAAGUCUGUGGCAUUGGAGUGUCAGGACAAAUGCAUGGAGUCAUGUUUUGGAAAACAGACCAAGGUUGUGAAUGGAGAGAGGGAAGAGUUUCUCCUGUGUUUGAGCCUGGAGCCGUGAGCCACCUGGUCACAUGGCAGGAUGGCCGGUGUAGCAGCGGGUUCCUAGCUUCUUUGCCCCAGCCAGAGUCCCAUCUCAGUGUGGCCUCAGGAUUUGGCUGUGCAACCAUCUUCUGGCUUUUGAAGAAUAGCCCAGAGUUGCUGAAGUCCUACGAUGCUGCUGGCACCAUCCAUGACUAUGUGGUUGCCAUGCUGUGUGGCUUGCCAAGAUCCCUGAUGUGCGACCAGAAUGCUGCUAGCUGGGGAUAUUUCAACACUCAGAGCCAAAGCUGGAACUUAGAGAUAUUGAGGGCCUCAGGCUUUCCUGUCCACCUGCUCCCAGACAUCGCUGAGGCCGGCAGUGUGGCAGGCAGAACUUCCCGUGCCUGGUUUGAAAUCCCAGAGGGGACACCGGUGGGCGUGGCCUUGGGUGAUUUACAGGCCUCCGUGUAUUCCUGUAUGGCCAAAAGGACAGAUGCAGUUCUCAACAUCAGCACCUCAGUUCAGUUGGCAACCUCCAUGCCUUCUGGAUUCCAGCCGGCGCAGACUCCAGACCCUGCAGCUCCUGUCACCUACUUCCCAUACUUUGACAGGACCUACCUGGCAGUGGCAGCAUCACUCAAUGGGGGCAACGUGCUGGCCACGUUUGUCCACAUGCUGGUACAGUGGAUGAUGGAUCUAGGUCUAGAAGUUGAAGAAUCCACUGUGUAUUCACGCAUGAUCCAGGCAGCUGCACAGCAGAGAGACACCUGCCUAACUAUCACUCCAACGGUGUUGGGGGAGAGGCACUUACCAGACCAGCUAGCCUCAGUGACCAGAAUCUCUUCCUCUGAUCUCACCCUGGGGCAUGUGACCAGGGCCCUGUGCCGAGGCAUUGUCCAAAACCUGCACUCCAUGCUUCCAUUUCAACAGCUCAAGGAAUGGGGUGUGGAGCGGGUGAUUGGCAGUGGGAGUGCGCUGUCCAGGAAUGAGGUGUUGAAGCAGGAGGUGCAGAGGGCUUUUCCCUUCCCAGUGUCCUUUGGGCAGGAUGUGGACGCAGCUGUGGGGGCAGCACUGGUCAUGCUCCAGAAAAAUCUUAACCAGAGGGAGUCUUAGUGCAUUCUUUGGCCAAAGGACUGUUGGAAAUUUUAUCUAAUUCACAUUCCUGACAUGACGUUUGGCUCAUCCUCUUCCUGGACAGUUUUGUGGGCAGCUUUUAAGCAAAGCUUGUUUGACCAAGGCACCAUCUUGACCAAGAACCUACCUUCAGGGCAUACUCUAAUAAUGCAGCCAAGAGUCAUCAACUGGAUCCCAAAUCCGUGCUUUCCAAGAGACUCGCUUGGGAACCACUCACAAAUGUAAAUGUGGAAAAAAAGAGGGGAAAAAAAAGAAAAGGAACAGUAGCCCAGCAUCCUGGUCAGUAGGCUCCUCUGUGAUUCACCUGUAAACAAAGGGAAAAUAAAUGUGGACCUUAGACACCAAAAAGUCUAGUGGCUCUGGGCUCCAAGUAAGAAGAGAAGACACCCCCCCCCCCCUUCUGGCUUUUGGAAUGAUUGUCUUUUGGGACAUGAAGCCCAGACUUGCAUCACAGGCACUGUUGGAAAAGUCUUUGCCUACUGGAUUGUGUGUCCCUGAGGCCCCUCUCCCAUUCUUGUUUUCCCUUAGCUACAGCUGGCUAGCUGAUGCCAGGAGUGGCCCAAGAUAGUAAAACAGAGUGGCUGAGAUGAAGAGGCAAGGGUCUGUGCUGACCUCACCACAUGCUUCCCCUUCCAAGGAGAGCCUGCUGCAGUGGAGCUGCUCCAGAUCCUUCUUUUAUAUUAUUUUAAAAAAUAUUUUAUUCAUUUUUUUGAGACAGAAUGAGAGAUAGAAUACAAGUGGGAGAUAGGGGUGAGGGAGAGGGAGAAGCAGACUCCCCGCUGAGCAAGGAGCUUGACGUGGGACUCCAUCCCAGGACCCUGGGAUCAUGACCUGAGUUGAAGGCAGACACUUAACUGAGCCACCCAGAUAUCCCUGGAGCUGCUCCAGAUCCUUAACACAACUGGCUUGAAGGCACAGAACAGGGCAGGAAAGGUGGGUAGUGUGAUCAGCAAUGGGGAUAGAUGCCGCAUAGCUCUGCCAUUCAGAUACAUUUUUCUGAAGGGUCUGAUUAGGCAUUAAUUAGCAGGAUACUUUUUUUAGGCAUAUGUCUGGGCAGCAGUGUGUUUUUGCCACUGUACAUUCUUGGGAAGUCUUCCAAAGGAAGAGAUGUGGCUGGGCAUGUUCCUGUCAGAGAGGGUGGCCAAUUUAAUGAAAAAGAACCCCUCAUCUUGCAGGCACUAGCUUUUCUUUCUCUUAGUGAAGGCCUUGCUGGCCCACUAUGUAUUCCUGGCUUGCAGAAACAUCCCAUGGGAUUCAGCAUCCCUGCAGGGAUCCCAGAGCAUCUUUUUUCUUUUUUCUUUUUUAAAUUGACAUUCGAUUUCCCAACAUGUAGUAUAACACCCAGUGCUCAUCCCAUCAAGUGCCCUCCUCAUUGCCCAUCACCCAAGUUCAACAGUUACCCCAUCCCCCUGCAUAACUCCCCUUCCACAACCCUUUGUUCAUUUCCCAGUUAGGAGUCCCAUGGUUUGUCUCCCUCUCUAAUUUUUCCCACUCAUUUUCCCUCCUUUCCCUUAUAAUCCCUUUCACUAUUUCUUAUAUUCCACGUAUGUGUGAGACCAUGUGAUGAUUGUCCUUCUCCAAUUGACUUACUUCACUAAGAAUCAUACCCUCCAGUUCCAUCCAUGUUGAAGCAAAUGGUGGGUAUUCAUCCUCUCUAAUGGCUCAGUAAUAUUCCAUUGUAUAUAUAGACCACAUCUUCUUUAUUCAUCUGUUGAAGGACAUCAUGCCUGCUUCCACAGUUUGGCUAUUGUGGACAUUGCUGCUAUGAACAUUGGGAUGCAGGUGUCCUGGCAUUUGACUACAUCUGUAUCUUUGGGGUAAAUAUCCAGUAGUGCAGUUACUGGGUCGUAUGGUAGCUCUAUUUUUAACAAAUUGAGGAACCUCCACACAGUUUUCCAGAGUGGCUGUACUAGUUCACAUUCCCUCCAACAGAGCUAGAGGGUUCCCCCUUCUCCACAUCCUCUCCAACAUUUGUUGUUUCCUGUCUUGUUAAUUUUCAUUCUUACUGGUGUGAGGUGGCAUCUCAUUGUGGUUUUGAUUUGGAUUUCCUUAAUGGUACAUGAUAUGGAGCAUUUUAUCAUGUGUUUAUUGGCCAUGUGUAUGUCUUCUUUGGUGAAAUUUCUGUUCAUGUCUUCUGCCCAUUUCAGGAUUGGAUUUUUUUGUUUCUUGGCUGUUGAGUUUAAGAAGUUCUUUAUAGAUCUUGGGCACUAGCCCUUUAUCUGAUAUGUCAUUUGCAAAUAUCUUCUUCCAUUCUGUAGGUUGUCUUUGAGUUUUGUUGACUGUUUCUUUUGCUGUGCAAAAGCUUUUUAUCCUGAUAAAGUUCCAAUAAGGCAGGAAAAGAGAAAAAGUAUUGGAAAUUUUUAGUCUGGUAUAAAAAUGAGUUGUAAUGGAAAAAGGGAAAAAAGAAGGGGAAAAAAGGGACCCUCUAGUUGUAUAUACUAUUUUCCCUUGAUUUUCCCCUGGUCCUGGAGCUUUCCAGUGCUGCUUGGUCAAGAACUUGCUCUUCCCUUUUACUUCCAGGUAGUCUUCUGGGUCAGGGGCCUGCUGUGCUGAUUCUCAGGUGUGUGGGGCAGGGCAUCUCCGCCCCCCUGCCAGUGCAGGGCUCAGUGGGAGCUGUUUACCUCGGUGAGAGGCCCUUUGUUCCCGGCGGCCCCACCUCCCAGGCAUAAGGUGAAACAAGGAGGAACAACAACAAUGGCAACAGCGGCCAGAAUUCCAGCCCUGGAGUCAGCUCCCCACUAGUAACUAACGCAGUCUCCCAGUCCACACUGGCUUAGAUAUUCCCGGGGCAGUGCCGGGGCGCUGAUCUGCAUAGCUUGGAGGCGCCCGGGCCGCAGGAGAGUCCUCGCUGUUUUGUGUCCUCCUCGCUUCCGCCUGUGCCAGGGGGAGCACAGGAUUGCAGGCUGUGUCCGCUCAGCACCCUGGGAUCUGGGCCCUGUGCUCUGGAAACACGCUCCUGAGGUGGGCGGCUCCCAAAGGCAGCAGGGCACAGACACCUCCGUUGGGGAGCCUCCGCAUAACCGACUGGCUUCUCCCAAAUGCCCUUCCGCUGUGUGCUCCAGCACUUUAGGGAGAUCAGUCCACAGUUUGCAGUGAGAGUCGUGCCCCCCCCCCCCCCCCGCUCUUCCUUUAUUAGUGACUUUGGGAAUCUGGAGGCUUCACUGCACCUCCUGAGAUUCUGCCCGAUUUCCCCACUGAGCACUUUUCUGUCCGGGAAAACUCCAGCGUGGAUUUUUAAAGUUCCCACUUCUUCAGGGCUGGGCUUUCCUGUCCCGGAGGCUCUCACCACUCUGAGCUGGCCCGGCUACUCGUGGGGCCCCUCCCCCACUUAAGUUUUUUAUUUUUUCACCUUCUUACUUUGUUAGAAGCGAAAACUUUUCUCUCUGUAGCAUUCCAGCUGUUCUCUCUUUAAAUCUCAGGUCAAAUUCGUAGGUGUUCAGGAUGUUUAGAAAGUUUUCUAGGUAAGUUUGUGGGACCAGGUGAGUUGAGGACCCCUACUCUUCUGCCAUCUUGCCGAGAAGCUCUCCAGAAAACCGAUCUAGAACAUCUUAAACCUUCCUGUAGUUGGUAGGAAUGACUAUGGCAUGGCUUCCAGGAGAAAGCCAUUGUUGCUGUGUCUAGUUCAGAUUCCUAAGAGUGAUUCCCAAGACUCUGGCAGGCCUGACUCUGAGGCACCUGGGCAACUAUGAAUUUGGGAAGUAGUCAUGUCUCUUUGUAAGUCACUUUAUGAAUCAUGUGAUUGUCCAAAGCUCUUAGAUUAAUCCGCCUGGCCAUGCUUGUUAGAUUUCAGAAACUGAAGCUCAUUCUUCCAGAGCCUUGUUCCUUUCAUAAGACACUUGUCAGCUUUAGGAAUAUCAUAAAUUAUUGUAGUGUCCCAGAGAACGGAAGCUCUGUCAGCUUGGGUUCCAUGUUAGGGUAGUAUAGUGUAGAACCCUCACCAACAGAUGAGCAACAUGCAGUGUGACUGACAAAUAAACCUUUGAUAUUGGAAACCACUGACAUUUGGGGAUUGUUUGUUACCAUAGCAUAAUGUAGUAUAUCCUGACUACUACAGCCACAGCACAGACUACCUGAGAAGCCUCAGCUGCACCCAGCACAGAUACAGACAUUUAUUGGCACCCCCUAGGACCUGGGUGUUAUUUCAGGACAGUGAUGAGUUAUUGAAUUUCCAUCACUAGGGAAUGAAAUAAAUAGUAGGACAGAUUUAUGUAUGUGCAGAAGGAAGAACAAUUCAUUCUUUAUGUAAGUGACAUUGAGCUAAACCUUGGAGAGUUUCAGUCCAUCAAUACCAACAAUAAUGUUUUUUGAGUACCUGCUUUGUACUAGGAACUAAUCUAAACUCUUCUUGUUUGGACCUAUUUGAUCUUUAUGGUGACCCUAGAUGGUGGGUACUAUUAUCUUCAUUUCUCAGCUGAAGAAAACGAGACAUAAAAAAGUUAAGUAACUUACCUAAGAUCACAACUCUAAGAUUCAACCCCAGAGCCCACUUUCUUCAGCACUCUAGGCUGAGAGAGCAAAUGCAUUCAUUCACAUGAAAGACUGACAGGAGCAGAGUGUGAUGAAUUAUCUGGUAUAACUUCGUCAUAGGGCAUAUGAAAGGAUGUGAUGGGAUUUGUGACUGGAAGUGUUUGCCAAACUGUGAAGGGUCUUAGAUGCCAGAUGAAGGGGCUUGGACUUUCUCCUGUGGGCAUUGGAGAGGAGGGCAGGCUUCAUGGGUCCUAGGAGUAUAACUGCUGGCCAUAUAGACUCUAGAUUGGAGAAUGGGUAUUGCAGAAGGCAGAGGCCCAAUUGGAGGAGCCUAGAAGACAGUCUGUGAGAGAUGGUGGGCCCUAACCAAGCUGGGGGCAGAGCCUGCCACACAUAAUUCUUCCUUUGGCCCUUGACUAUGCCUAGACCAUAUAAUGUUUAUAUGGCUUUCAUGCUCUCAGUUUUUCUUCUCAGCUACACUGAAAGCUGCUUGAGGGAAGGGUUCCUCUUAAGGUGUUCUCUGCCUUGUCCUUCUCCUUAAUCUCAAGCUGAUGCCCAUGUUUGGAAUGCACUCCUCCCAGGGCAGAACAUUAUGCCUUGUCUGAGGCCCAGCUCAAAUACCGUCUGCCUGUUACAAAGUCUCCCUGGCGGCAUACUUGUCACUGGAUCAUCAAUAUAGCUGAUAUCCAGGACCCCAAUCAGUGUUUGCUGUUGGCAUGGCCUAUUGGUUCCUGGCUUGUGCUUGUCAUAGGGUGCCCCAGCCAGUAAAAUGUCAGAGAAAGCCUACUGUCUUCAUCCUCAUGCAUCCUGACCUCCUUGAGGGCAGAGACCAUCUUGCUCAUCCUGCUCACUUGCUGUGGGUUUGCUAGUGCUCAGUGGUCCUUCAGGAAAGAGGGCAGUUUGUACCUGACCUCUUGUCUCAGCUGCGGUUAGAUGGACAGAUCACAUCUUUGAAAUUGAGAGAUUCUUGAUUGACAGACACUCAGUGUGUGAGUCAUGAAACAUUAAGCAAAUCUUUUUUUUUUUUUCAUUAAAAAACAAUUAGUCACAACCUUGAGCUAAUGGCCGGAUAUAGCUCAACAGUCAGCAGAUGUGGUUCUCAUUUAAAAUAAUGAAGAUGAGAACCAUAAUCCCUCAUGCUUGCCUAGGGCUUUACCAGCUCACAGAGACCAUUCACACCCCGUGUCCUUAAUAAUCCCCAGAAAAGCCCAGUAAAGCAGGUAGGGCAGGUGCUCUCACCCAUUUUGUGGAUGAGAAGACAGACCCAGAGCUUCAGCUACCAACCCAAAUUUAUGCAGUGGGUGUCUGGCACAGCUGGGCCUCCCCUCCCACCUCCAUCCUCUGCCCAUGCUCCUGACCCUCGAUCUUUUCUCCCUCUUGUUCCCAGUUCCCACUCUGGGUCCCAGUUCUGCAUAGCAAGGGCUUGGCUCUCACUUUGAUGCUUUAUUCCUUCCUGGCUUAGGUGGCCAGCUCCAUUCACUUCUGGAGUGUGAUAACCCCUUUCACAGAGCCCUGCUCUUCAUGGAAACUGACUUAUAUGGGGACUUGGUGACAUGAAUGCACAGAUGAAAUGCAGAAAGGAAAGCAGUUUUCUUCCAGGGUGGCUGUUUGCCAUCUGGAUCUGGGAUCCCUGAAGCCAUUUAAAAUCUGGGAGGCAAGACACAAAAAUCCGGGAAGUUAAAUGUCAACAGAAGAUUUAGAAAGCUCAAGACAAGACUAGUAGAGUUGGUACUGUUCUUGAGUGGGUUACAGGCACUUGCAGUGGUGCCUUCACCACUUUCCCUGGGGCCGGAACUAGUGCUUCUUGGUUCCUACCUGGUUCCUCCCAGAAAUGUCAGGCUGACAGUUCCUGAUUUGGGUAAUCAGGCUUUUUCAGCACAUGAGAGUUUGCUGGUUUCUAGUUGUAUCAGAAAGUCUGGCUUCCAAUCCAAACCCAGAUGGAGGAAGAAAAUUAGGAUUCUAAUUGCCAGAGUCAAAGACUCAGUUGAAGUCCGUGUGCCCCCUGGUGGUAACACUGGGUGAACUGCAGCCGACUUGGCUCACCCACUUGCUCGCGGGGCCUCCAGCACUUCCUUCACUGCUUCUUGUCCCCAUCAGACCUGAGCUUGGAGUAAAUGCCCCCUCCCAGAAUUCAUCAUUAAAACAUGAUCUACUUACUAAGGGUUUUAAUGGGUACAUCAUUGCAUAGAUUCAAGAACAUCCUUGGAUUAUGGAAGCUGGGGUGGAAGGGGGCUCGGACGAACACCUUAUUGUACAUUAUGACCCAGAAAACUAUGCUGAUGGCAGCAGUGCUCAACCCCAAGGUCUUGUCUCUGCCACCAUUUCAUGAGUUUUAGUAGAACCACUCAGUGCUGCUUUUGCUCAGAAAAAACCUAUGCCAAUAAAUAUUUGCAGUGUGCUACUUUGGGCAAGGCAUGGAGCUAGGCUUAGAGAAGGAAAAUGGAUGGGGCAAGAGCAUUGUCACCCUGGAGCAUUAAAAUCUGUGAAAUUAGAAACAAACAUCAGAGAAGUUAAAGUUCGGUACAAGCUUUAGGAAGCCUCAGACAAGACUGGGAUGAUUGUCACUGUCCUUGGGUGGGUUACGUAGCCUGUCUAUAUUUCAUUUCCUAAUUUAUACAAUUAGAACAAAAAUAAAACUUUCCUCAUGAAACCUUGUGACAGUUUGAUGAGUUAAUGCCUAAAGUGCUUAGCCCAGAACAUGGCACGCUGCAUGGGCUUAAUAAGCAUCCACUGCUAUUAUUGUCAUUGUGAUCACAUGUGCCAGUUGCUAUAGGAAGGUAUAGUCUGAGAUUUCUGUAAUAUAGAGGUGGGUACUUUGGCUGGGCCCUUGGUGGGAGGCUUUUUGGAGGAGCUGGGAGUUGAGGGCUUAGAGUCUCAGCAUCCAUGGGUCUCACCUGCCACCUGGGCCUUAAAGAUGAGUUAAUGAGAUGCACAGCACAAACACGAACAGAAGGUGGGCAGGGGGAGAGCAUGGAGGCAGGCAGUUAGUGUGGCUGGGGAGGGGAUGUGUCUAGGUGGCAGGAAGGGCUGCACCACCCUGGGAGUGGAGAUGGGGGCUGUGGGCUCAGGGUGCCAGGCUGAGGGAUAAGGUUCAGUAAGGGUGCACAGUCCGGAGGAUAUUCCAGGAGUGGAGAUUGGGAGGUGGUGGGCCAGCGUGCUGGGCCAGGGAAGGGAGGCACUUCUGGUGUCUCAGGUGAGAGGAGGUAGCUGCCAGAUACAAAGAGGGAUAGAUAUGAGCCACAGAAAUGUAGCCUAGACAGUGAAGACAGAGAAGGAGAGGCUGGAGAUGACAAAGUAUGUCAGCCUUGAUGAGCACAAGAAAGUUGGUGCCUCUAUAGGCAGGAACAUUGACAGGAGGGAAUGUGGAGAGCAGAGGAGUCUUUCUUGGGAUGUUCUGAGUAGAAGGGGUUUGUGGUCUUCAUCUGGAGAUUCCAGGAGGUAGGGAUGGAGCCCGGUGGAGAGGGUAGGGCUGGACCCCUGGAUGAGGGGGGUCCCUGGCUUGUUGGAGGAGUGGGGGUCUCAGAGAGGGGUGGGAGGAUAUAAGGAUCAGCCCUGGGGAGUCCCCAUGUGUUGAGGAAAAGCUUUCAGGGAAGGAGGAGAAGGGCCACAAUUUCCCCAGUAGCCCUUACAGCAUGAAUGGUACCAUGCAGGCCCUGGGGAUGUGGUCAGCACCCAAUGCCUGUUACAAAGGGGACAUAUUUAGUGAUCUGUGUUGUCCUCAUUGGAGGCAGAAAUCACCUUGGAAGCUAAGGGGACAGUUUUGGUGGAGAGUGUAACCUUCCCCUUCUUGGAUUUGGUCUGUGUGCUGUCUCAGUGCCUUUCUCAGAUGUUUCCACUCAUGCCCCAGGGCUGCAACCGGCUGAGACCUGGCCCUGGCUGAAGCAGUAUGCGAGCCAGAGGCCAUCCCUAAGACAGCAUAGGCGUGUCAGUCUCCAUACUGAGGUGUUCCCUUCAGCACCUCUGGCCCACACAUGUGGUUAGAAGGAACAGUGACCCCAGAGAACUUGCAGGUUGAGGCAAUCACUGCUGGUGAGUUUCAAAUAUAUAUAUAACAGAUAGUUAUGUAUGAUUAAGGACGAAUUCCAUGAUCCAGCAAUCCCACUUUUGAGUAUAUGCCCCAAAGAAUUGAAAGCUGUGACCCAAAGAGGUAUUUGUACACCCAUGUUCAUAGCAGCAUAAUUCGUCCCAUAGUUAAAAGUUGGAAACAACUCAAGUAUCCAUUGACAGACGAAUGUCUAAAUAAAAUGCAUUAUAUACAUAUGAUGGAAUAUUAUUCAGCCUUAUAAAGGGAGGAAAUUCUGCAAUUUGCUAUGGAUGAAUCUUGAGCCUAUUAUGGUAAGUAAAAUAAGCCAGUCACAAAAAGAUAAAUACUGCAUGAAUCCACUUACGUGAUGGUCUUAAUAGUAUUCGAAUUCAUACACAGAAUGUAGAAUGGUUGCCAGGGGCUGGGGGAGGGGAACAAUGGGGAGUUAGUUUUUAAUGGGUAUAGAGUUUCAGCUUUGUAAGAUGACAACAGUUCUGGACAUGGGUCGUGGUGAUGGCUGUACAAUAUUAUGAAUGUAUUUAAUGCUACUGAAUUGUAUGCUUAAAAUGGUUAAAAUGGUAUUUUUCAUGUUAUAUGUAUUUACCAAAAUUUCAAAAAAAGGAAUGAAUUCCAAGAUUCAUUUUUAUUGAAACUAAAGUAUCACAGAUAAAAUGGCACACACAUAAAAAGAUGUUCAAGCAGGGGGCAUGGUAUGGCAUGUUGAGAUGGGGUUGGCCUUCAUGCCCAGACCAACAGCAUGACCUGGGCAAUCAGCUAAUUACAUAGAUGUCUCAUGUGUAAAAUGAAUAUGGCAAUCCCUGCCCUGCCACUGCCCGGGGCUGUUAUGUGGCAUGGGGGAGUGAGUUUGUGCAGUCUUUCUGUAUACUAUAAAAUGUCACACAAAAUCCA